CGCGCACCUCGACCCUGAAGCUCGUCGCCGCAAGGAGCUCAUGGCCAAGAUCACCGCCGCGGCCAAGAAGCCGGCGGGGACGGGCCGCACCAAGAAGCGCAAGCAGCAGGACGAGGAGGACCUCGACCUCAUGAACGACGAGGCGGUCGCCACUUUGCGCAGCGAGAUGCUGCGAGCGGCAGACGAGGACGUCGACGAGAACAACCUCGGCCGGCCUGCCCUCAACAAGCUCCGCCUACUGCCCAAGGUCGUCGACGUCAUGCAGAAGACGGUCCUUCACGAGACGAUCGCCGAAAGCGGCAUGCUCGAGGCGGUCAAGCGCUGGCUCGAGCCUCUGCCCGACAAGUCGCUCCCGGCGCUCAACAUCCAGCGCCCGCUCAUGUCGCUCCUGCGCACUUUCACGAUCGAGACGUCGGCCCUCAAGUCGUCCGAGCUCGGCAAGGUCAUCUACUUCUACACCAAGUGCAAGCGCGUCGACCCGGCCGUCGCGCGCCUCGCGACCCAGCUCGUCGGCGAGUGGAUGCGGCCCAUCCUGCGCCGCUCCAAGGCGUUCGUCGACCGCGACUUGGCCCAGGGCCGCGCGCGGUACGGCGCGAGCAGCCACGAGGCGGCAAAGGCGGCGGGCAGGGGCCAGGGUGGGGCCGAGGACGCGGCGCAGGCGACGAGGCACGCGAGGAUCCCGCAGGCCCUCACGGCGACGUACGCUGUCGCGCCCGGCUCGCGCGUCACGGGCCAGAGCACGACCCUGCCCGGCCAGGGCAGCGGCGCCAAGAUGCGCGGGUUCAAGCAGAAGAUGCAGAUGGCGCAGCAGGCCGCCAGGAGGGGCUGAAUGUCGUCGUCGUCGAGGGCGGGGCCCGACUCGAGGGAGGGGAGAGGUCGGCGGGUGCGCGAGGGCGGGUUUUGUACUCUUUUUCGUCUCUCGGCAGCAAUGGACUUGCUGCCCUCCCA